ACAGUCCGUACUAUUGUAUUAGUGCCGUUACAGUGGAAUUAUAAUUGUAUUAGCGCCUGCCGGUAAGCUAGCGUUAUUAGCACUUGCGUCUCAGCUUAUCUGGGCUUGCUGGGUAAUCAAGCUAGCUUUCACGGACAGGUAACCUUAACUAGUCGACUCAAUGUUAGUUCUUGUCUUUUUCCUUUUUCUUUUUCUAGAAAGCGGUUCCAGAGCUAAAGUUAUGUCAUUAAAUAAUUUUAAUUCCGGAAAACAGAAAUAUGAGUGUUUUAACAAGCUAAACACAGCUAUCAUUUCGUGAUGUUCCCCUGGCUCACUUUUACAGCGUGCCUGUUUGCGGUGUUCGGCUUGUUUUUCUGGUCCCGCAAGCGCUUAUCGAUAGUGUUUGGAGCCUGCUCCUGUCGCCCGACCAUGGCACAACAGGACGGCGCUGCCAAGAAGAUUCCAGCUGUUGCGGAAUUGCACUCUCACUUCAUUGUGGGAUCUGUGUCAGAGGAGAACUCAGAGGAUGAAAACCAAGGGAAGGUGGACUUGCAGCUAGAUGAGAAGGAGACUCGCUCCUUGUCUCCAUCUUCUGGGAGUUCGGACAGCACCUAUGAAAUGGGCUUCGACCACAUCGACGGUCCCAUGCACAAUUUAAGAUCAAGCAUGUCAGGCCUGCACCUGGUGAAACAAGGACGAGAUCGCAGGCGUAUUGACCUCCAGAGGGACUUCACUGUUGCUUCUCCUGCUGAAUUUGUCACACGCUUUGGUGGUAACAGGGUCAUUGAAAAGGUGCUCAUUGCCAACAAUGGCAUUGCAGCAGUGAAAUGCAUGCGCUCCAUCCGCCGCUGGGCCUAUGAAAUGUUUCGCAAUGAAAGGGCAAUCCGUUUUGUCGUCAUGGUGACCCCAGAAGACCUGAAGGCCAAUGCAGAGUACAUCAAGAUGGCAGAUCAUUAUGUGCCUGUACCCGGGGGGACUAAUAACAACAACUAUGCCAAUGUUGAGCUCAUUCUAGACAUUGCUAAACGCAUACCAGUUCAGGCAGUGUGGGCUGGAUGGGGGCAUGCCUCAGAAAACCCCAAACUCCCGGAGCUUCUUCAAAAGCAUGGCAUUGCUUUCAUGGGUCCACCAAGUCAGGCUAUGUGGGCUCUUGGAGAUAAGAUUGCUUCCUCCAUCGUGGCUCAGACAGCUGGAAUUCCAACACUCCCCUGGAGCGGAACAGGUCUGACAGUGGACUGGCCAGAGAAUAACCAAAAAAAGAAGGUCGUCAGCGUUCCUCACGACUUGUAUGAGCUCGGCUGCGUCCAGGAUGUAGAGCAUGGCAUGAAAGCUGCAGAGAAAAUUGGCUACCCUAUAAUGGUGAAGGCCUCAGAAGGUGGUGGAGGAAAAGGGAUCCGUAAAGUCAACUCUGCUGAUGACUUCCCUAACCUGUUCAGACAGGUCCAGGCAGAAGUCCCAGGAUCACCCAUUUUUGUCAUGCAGCUAGCCAAGCAUGCCCGUCACUUGGAGGUUCAGAUUUUGGCUGAUCAGUAUGGCAAUGCCAUUUCCCUGUUUGGCAGAGACUGUUCCGUGCAGCGACGACAUCAGAAAAUUAUAGAAGAGGCUCCUGCUACCAUCGCCACUUCUGAUGUGUUUGAGGAUAUGGAAAAGUGUGCGGUGAAGCUGGCUAAGAUGGUGGGUUAUGUAAGUGCUGGUACAGUUGAGUACCUCUACAGCCAGGAUGGCAGCUUCUAUUUCCUGGAGCUCAACCCUCGUCUACAGGUGGAACACCCAUGCACUGAGAUGGUGGCUGAUGUCAACUUGCCUGCUGCCCAGCUGCAGAUUGCUAUGGGUAUUCCUCUUCAUCGGAUCAAAGACAUUAGAAUGCUUUAUGGCGUUCAGCCCUGGGGGGACUCUCCCAUUGAUUUUGAGGCUCUGUCCACUGCCCCUUCCCCUCGGGGCCAUGUCAUUGCUGCUCGUAUCACCAGUGAGAACCCAGAUGAGGGUUUCAAGCCAAGCUCUGGAACCGUGCAAGAGCUGAAUUUCCGCAGCAAUAAGAAUGUGUGGGGCUACUUCAGCGUUGCAGCGGCUGGAGGGCUGCAUGAGUUUGCUGACUCCCAGUUUGGGCACUGCUUCUCAUGGGGAGAGAAUCGUGAAGAAGCUAUCUCAAACAUGGUGGUUGCGCUUAAGGAGCUGUCUAUUAGGGGUGACUUCAGGACAACAGUGGAGUACCUCAUUAAGCUGCUGGAGACGGAAAGCUUCCAGCACAAUAGUAUCGACACAGGCUGGCUGGACAGACUUAUCUCAGAGAAGAUGCAGGCGGAGCGUCCUGAUACCAUGCUGGGAAUUGUGAGCGGUGCUCUGCAUGUGGCAGAUGUCAAUCUCAGGAACAGUGUUUCCAACUUUUUGCACUCUCUGGAAAGGGGUCAGGUGCUACCAGCACACACGCUGCUCAACACUGUGGAUGUGGAGCUGAUCUAUGAAGGUACUAAGUACGUUCUGACAGUGACUCGUCAGUCUCCCAACUCCUAUGUGGUCAUCAUGAACAAUUCUUGUGCUGAAGUGGAUGUCCAUCGGCUCAGUGAUGGAGGUCUUUUGCUGUCAUAUGAUGGAAGCAGCUACACUACGUACAUGAAAGAAGAGGUGGACAGGUAUCGCAUCACAAUUGGGAACAAGACGUGUGUUUUUGAGAAGGAAAACGAUCCCUCGCUGCUGCGGUCUCCUUCAGCAGGCAAACUCAUUCAGUACACUAUUGAGGAUGGCGGGCAUGUGUUUGCUGGCCAGUGCUACGCUGAAAUAGAGGUGAUGAAGAUGGUCAUGACUCUCACUGCAGCAGAGUCUGGUUGUAUUCACUAUGUGAAGAGAGCUGGAGCAGCAUUGGAGCCUGGCUGUGUCAUUGCCAAGUUGCAACUGGAUGACCCAAGCAGAGUGCAGCAGGCUGAGCUCUACACAGGGACCCUGCCUUCUAUCCAGGCAGUAGCUUUGAGAGGAGAGAAGCUGCACAGAGUUUUCCAUAACACACUGGGUCAUCUUGUUCACAUGAUGAAUGGCUAUUGUCUUCCUGAGCCUUUCUUCAGUGCUAAGUUGAAAGAAUGGGUGGAAAGGUUAAUGAAAACCAUGCGCGAUCCUUCUUUACCACUGUUGGAGCUUCAAGACAUCAUGACGAGUGUUUCAGGUCGCAUCCCCCCUGCUGUGGAGAAGGCCAUCAAGAAGGAGAUGGCUCAGUAUGCCAGCAACAUAACUUCUGUGCUUUGCCAGUUCCCCAGCCAGCAGAUUGCAAACAUACUGGACAGCCAUGCCGCUACUCUUAACAAGAAAUCAGAGAGAGAAGUCUUCUUUAUGAACACUCAAAGCAUUGUUCAGCUGGUGCAGAAGUACCGCAGCGGCAUCAGAGGUCACAUGAAGGCCGUUGUGAUGGACUUGCUUAGACAAUAUCUAAAAGUAGAGAUCCAGUUUCAGAAUGGACACUAUGAUAAGUGUGUCUUUGCACUGCGUGAGGAAAACAAGGGUGACAUGGCCAAUGUGCUCAAUUAUAUCUUUUCCCAUGCUCAAGUCACCAAGAAGAACCUACUGGUUACUAUGCUGAUUGACCAGCUCUGUGGUCGUGAUCCAACACUAACAGAUGAAUUGAUGGCCAUUUUGACUGAACUCACCCAGCUCAGCAAGACAACCAAUGCAAAGGUGGCGCUGCGUGCUCGGCAGGUGUUGAUAGCUUCCCACCUUCCCUCUUAUGAGCUACGACACAACCAGGUGGAGUCAAUCUUCCUCUCUGCCAUUGAUAUGUAUGGGCACCAGUUCUGCAUUGAGAACCUGCAGAAACUGAUCCUUUCAGAGACAUCCAUAUUUGACGUUCUCCCCAACUUCUUCUACCACAGUAAUCAGGUAGUCAGGAUGGCUGCCCUCGAGGUGUACGUUCGGAGAGCAUACAUAGCCUACGAGCUCAACAGUGUUCAGCAUCGACAACUGAAGGACAACACAUGUAUAGUAGAGUUUCAGUUCAUGCUUCCAACUUCACAUCCCAACAGAGGGAACAUCCCCACUCUAAACAGGAAAAUGUUUCCUUCAGUCCUGGAUAAUCUAAAAGUCAUGGACACUAAAUUAGAGGAAACUAAACCCCAGGACCCUAAAGCACCAAAAAAAGAAUCACAGGAUGAUAAUGCUGAGAAGAAAAAUGCAUCAGAUUUGGAUACAGUGGACAGGAUGUCAUUCUCAUCCAACCUGAAUCACUAUGGCAUGGUGCACAUGGCCAGUGUGAGUGACGUUCUGCUUGACACGUCUUUUACACCACCUUGUCAGCGCAUGGGAGCCAUGGUGGCUUUCCGCAGCUUCCAGGAGUUCACAAAGAACAUAACAGAUAUGUUGAGCUGCUUCUCUGACUCUCCUCCACAAAGUCCAACCUUCCCAGAAGGAGGCAAUCCCGUGCUGUACGGUGAAGAGGACAACAAGAGUACCCAGGAUGAGCCUAUCCAUAUCCUGAAUGUUGCUAUAAAGACCGACAGCGACAUUGAUGAUGAUGGCCUGGCAGCUAUGUUCCGGGAAUUCACUCAGUCAAAGAAAUCUCUGCUGUUUGAACACGGCAUCCGAAGGUUGACUUUUCUUGUGGCUCAAAAGGAUUUCAGGAAGCAAGUCAACUGUGAGGUGGACCAAAGGUUUCAUAGGGAAUUUCCUAAAUUUUUCACAUUCCGUGCCAGGGACAAGUUUGAGGAGGACAGGAUCUAUCGUCAUUUAGAGCCUGCAUUAGCAUUCCAGCUAGAGCUCAACCGCAUGCGGAAUUUUGCUCUCACUGCCAUUCCAUGUGCCAAUCACAAGAUGCACCUGUACCUGGGUGCAGCCCGAGUGGAGGUGGGCACAGAAGUUACGGACUACCGUUUCUUUGUCCGAGCUAUUAUCCGCCACUCUGAUCUGGUAACAAAGGAGGCCUCCUUUGAAUACCUUCACAAUGAAGCAGAGCGCCUGCUUCUGGAAGCUAUGGAUGAACUGGAGGUGGCUUUCAACAAUACAACUGUGCGAACUGACUGUAACCAUAUCUUCCUCAACUUUGUCCCUACAGUCAUUAUGGACCCAUCAAAGAUCGAGGAGUCUGUGCGCUCCAUGGUGAUGCGUUACGGCAGCCGUCUGUGGAAGCUUCGAGUCCUGCAGGCUGAGUUGAAGAUUAACAUCCGCUUGACUCCAACAGGGAAGCAAAUUCCCAUCCGCCUCUUCCUUACUAAUGAAUCUGGCUACUACCUGGAUAUCAGCCUCUACAAGGAGGUCACUGAUUCCCGAACGGGACAGGUGGGGCCCAAAGACCGACAGAUUAUGUUCCAAGCAUAUGGAGACAAGCAAGGCCCUUUGCAUGGCAUGCUCAUCAAUACACCGUAUGUUACCAAGGACCUGUUGCAGUCUAAACGCUUCCAGGCACAAUCUCUGGGCACUACCUAUGUGUAUGACUUUCCAGAAAUGUUCAGACAGGCUCUGAAAAAGCUGUGGCAUUCAUGUCAGGCUUAUGCUGACUUACCUCAGUGUCCUCUUCCUUCUGAGCUGCUCACCUUCACAGAGCUGGUUCUUGAUGCUCAAGGUCAGCUGGUACAGAUGAAUCGACUGCCAGGGGGCAACGAGAUUGGCAUGGUGGCAUGGCGGAUGACCCUGCGAACCCCAGAGUACCCAGCAGGACGUGAGAUCAUUGUCAUAAGCAAUGACAUCACACACAAGAUAGGCUCCUUUGGGCCCCAGGAGGACAUGCUGUUCCUGCGAGCCUCAGAGAUGGCUCGGGAAAGUGGCAUCCCCCGACUCUAUAUUGCAGCCAACAGCGGUGCACGCAUUGGUCUGGCCGAGGAAAUCAGACACAUGUUUCAUGUGGCCUGGCAAGAUACAGCUGAUCCUUACAAGUUUCCUGACUUUUUGUCUCCUGCAUCUUCAUUUUUGUCUAUUUUUAAGCUGUCAACAUUAUUUCAUUUGCAUGUUUUUUUUUUUUUUUUCCUGCAGGGUUUCAAGUACCUCUACCUCACACCUCAGGAUUACAAGAAGGUUUCAGCUCUAAACUCAGUGCAUUGCGAACAUGUGGAGGAUGAGGGUGAAUCGAGGUACAAGAUCACUGACAUUAUAGGUAAAGAUGAAGGGCUGGGUGUGGAGAAUCUGAGAGGGUCGGGAAUGAUUGCCGGAGAAUCCUCUCUGGCUUACGAGGAGAUCAUCACGAUGAAUCUGGUCACAUGUCGAGCCAUAGGUAUUGGAGCCUAUCUGGUGAGGCUUGGACAGAGGACCAUACAAGUGGACAACUCCCACAUCAUCCUUACUGGAGCUGGAGCCCUCAAUAAGGUGCUGGGCAGAGAAGUGUAUACAUCCAACAACCAGCUCGGUGGAGUUCAGAUCAUGCACAACAAUGGUGUCACUCACUGCACUGUUUGUGAUGAUUUUGAGGGAGUCUUCACUCUUUUGCAGUGGCUGUCCUACAUGCCCAAGUGUAAAUCUAGCCCAGUGCCCAUCCUCAAUGCCAAGGAUCCCAUAGAUCGACCGGUAGAGUUUGUACCUACCAAAGCUCCUUAUGACCCUCGCUGGAUGUUGGCAGGACGCCCGAGUCAGACUCCAAAGGGUUCCUGGCAGCUUGGCUUUUUCGACCAUGGCUCUUUCAUGGAGAUCAUGCAGCCGUGGGCUCAGAGUGUAGUGGUAGGCAGAGCCAGACUUGGUGGCAUACCGACUGGAGUUGUUGCUGUGGAAACCAGGUCAGUGGAACUGUCGAUCCCAGCUGAUCCAGCCAAUUUAGACUCCGAGGCUAAGAUCAUCCAACAGGCAGGACAGGUGUGGUUCCCAGAUUCUGCUUUCAAAACUGCUCAGGCCAUUAAGGACCUAAACCGGGAGGGCUUACCUCUCAUUGUGUUUGCCAAUUGGAGGGGCUUUUCUGGAGGGAUGAAAGAUAUGUACGACCAAGUGCUGAAAUUCGGGGCCUACAUUGUGGAUGGGCUGAGGGAGUACAAGCAGCCAGUAUUAGUUUAUAUCCCCCCUCAGGCUGAGCUGAGAGGAGGCUCCUGGGUGGUUAUAGAUCCCACCAUCAACCCCCGGCACAUGGAGAUGUACGCCGACAAGGACAGCCGAGGUGGUGUGUUGGAGCCUGAAGGGACAGUUGAGAUCAAGUUUAGAAGGAAGGAUCUGGUCAAGACCAUGCGAAGAGUAGAUCCAGUCUACAUGGGCUUGGCUGAAAAAUUGGGAACCCCAGAGCUGAGCCCUCCUGAUCGCAAAGAGCUGGAAACCAAACUUAAGGAGCGUGAGGAGUUUCUUUUACCCAUCUACCAUCAGGUGGCUGUACAGUUUGCAGACCUCCAUGACACCCCAGGUCGCAUGCAAGAGAAGGGGGUCAUCACGGAUAUCCUAGAAUGGCAGACAUCCCGUCAGUUCUUCUACUGGCGUCUGCGGCGUCUGCUGCUGGAGGAAACAGUGAAGAGGAAGAUCCAGGUGGCCAACAGCGAGCUGACAGAUGGGCAGAUCCAGGCGAUGUUGCGCCGCUGGUUUGUGGAGGCCGAGGGGGCUGUAAAGGCCUAUCUGUGGGAUAACAAUGAAGAAGUGGUGGCAUGGCUGGAGAGGCAGCUAGCUGAAGAGGAGGGUGCAAGAUCGGUCAUCGACGAGAACAUCAAGUACAUCCGCAGAGACCACAUCCUCAAGCAGAUUCGCAGCCUUGUUCAAGCCAAUCCAGAGGUUGCCAUGGAUUCUAUUGUGCACAUGACCCAGCACAUCUCACCUACUCAGAGAGCAGAAGUGGUACGUAUCCUGUCCACUAUGGAGACGGCGUCCUCCUAGUGGGUGCCUGUCUUUGCCCAUGCUUGGCUUAAACCCCAGCUUAGGCCAGAGCCUGCUUCAACCUGAUCUGGAGACUGAGUUUAGAGGAGCCAGCGUGAUGACCCCUGGCAGCAGCCACGUUGCUAAUGAACCGCUGGCAAUGAUUCCCAGUAAGCAAGAGUUGACUGACAUCAUUUAUAACAUUUUGUAAAUGGCCGUACACAUGUGCUAGUAUUUAAGAUGAAUUCAUGUAUUUUGUACUGAAGUGCAAUUAAAAGAAUGACAAUAUAGAAAUAUCUAGUGAAUUUAAUUAAUACGUUUGGAGUUUACACAGACUGCUCGAGAGGAUGUCUAUGCUUCCAUGAUAAUCCAUGCUUUUCAACUGGAGUGUUCCCAAGUAUAAAUUAAACACACUGUUCUUAAAAACACACCUUGGUUUGUGACAUACGCUUGCUAAGAUUUGUAAGCGUUUUGAUGACCGGCUCAACAAUAGUGACGCAUUGCUAGAGGAGUUAGCAAGAAAGGGUUUUUUUUACACUCCUAAGCAUGGAGCACUUAGUUACUGAACAAAGACAGAAUUGAACAGGGGAGCUCAGCAGGGAGCAGCAGAAAGGUCCCUUUUAAACCCCAACUAUUGCACAGUUACCCUGCAGUGAGCAAUGGGCAGCUCGCCUCACAACAAAACCACAGCUGUCCCCUUCACACAGUAAAUGCUGCUUUAGAGGCACUUUAGUGCUUACUGUUCCCUUGCAUUGCAGCCAGAAUGAAGCCUGCAUUUGAAAUGUUGCGUCUAGCAGACGUACAAACAUAAACGCACAAAGUGAAACAAACAGUAACGCACGGAGAGUUGACAAUAGCUUAAAUAAGAAAUGAUAAUGGCACUAAACGGAGUUUAAAACGUAAGCUUGCUCAGAAAGAUAUUUUUUUCCUCUUUGUUUUGACAGCUGUUGAGUCUUAAAUUGAGAACAAGCUUUACUUAUGUUUUAUUUGUUUACGUUUCUGUUUUUUUUUCUAAGAGAUGUAUUUGAAUUAACAAUCAAAUGGCCAAAUUUUUUAAAAUGUCUGUGAAAUGAUAAAAGCUACUGUUCACAUAUACGUUACAUUUUAACCGUAAUCAACUGUUGCUGAAGUUUUUACGUCUGAUGUAUGAAAAGUCGUUUAUUUUUAACAAUUAAACCAGUCUUUUGAAACACAUAUUGAACUGUAUUUGUGUUAUGAUAGAAAGACAACCUGUUGUAAGGAAAUGAGUACAUAAUGAUAAUAAUAACAACAGCUAAACGGCACUACAUUGUUAAAUUUAGACUUUUAGAUCAUUGUGUCACUAUAAUGCACUGCUGAAUACCAAUGUUGGCAAUGUGAAAUGGCUUCAUAGUUAUUGCUGUGCCUUUUCUGUGUGUGUGUGUGUUGACACCUGUACUGACAAGCUUCCCAGCUGCUUUCUAAGUAACUGGAUGUUUCCUAUUUGAAGACGGAAAAUAAUCUACACUGAUGACGAUGUGCUCUAAAUGUAACUUCAACUUUAAAUAAAGCUUGCCCAACUUC